UCUCAGAAGUCUGUAAUGUGUUUGAGGGUUGCCUUGACACACGGAUACUCCCUCUUGUCUGCCGCCCACCUCAAUGUCUUCCUGUCUCUUUUGUCUGUAGCCGUUCGGACUAAGAUGGUGUACUGCAAGAUUGACCAGACACAGAGAAAGGUUAUCGUGAGCCACAGCACACACCGCACCUUCGGCAAGCAGCAGUGGCAGCAGCUCUACGACAGUCUCAGCUCCUGGAAGGGCAAUUUGGCAACUGUGAAGACCAGCCUCCAGACCCUGUCCCCCUCUGCCUAAGAUCUCUCUCUCUCCAAAACCCUCUUUAAAAAAACUUCCCCCUUUCCUUUGUUAAACUCCCUUGGUUGAAUCUUCAGUCACCAUUUUUAUAUUCACCCAAUAAAAGACUAAUUGAGAUCUUC